AUGACGUCGCCUGCCCGGCCCCUGGUAAUAGGCGAUUCGCCCCGAUCCCCGGAUCGAAGCCUGUCACUAGGUCUUUCUGGGCCACAACUCAGCCCACCCCGUCCCAGCUCGCCGCGGUCAUUUCAAUGCCAUUCUCCUCCAUAUGACACUCGCCAGACGAGAUCAACAUCGCAACGAGAAAAACUGAUCAACGAGCCCAAGGCUCCCUGUGGCGGUGUCAAACCAUCUCCACCCAUCAGAUCCUGUGUCGACCUGUCAUUGAAUGGCUACAAUGAGUCUGCUGUUGCAGACACGGGGGCUCAGGAAAACUUCAUCUCGGCCAGGCUCGCGACCAGGCUCAAGUUGCACAUUUGGAAACAAGCCAAUGCACCAGGCAGUAUCCCUCCCCAGUUUAUCAACGCUGUCGGCCAAUCAAUGAAGGUGCUUGGCCACGUGACUGUUUCCUGCAAGUUCACGCACGAGGCUGGAGAGACAUCCGAGAACCGAUUCUGGGUGCUCCCCGGUCUGAUCGUCCCUUUGAUUGUGGGAAGAAAGUUUCUCGAAGUCACAGAGUGCUUGACUAAAUUCCGCUACCGUCUUCGAAAGGCCACAUCAUCGCAACAGUUAAGCCUCCGGGCUUUGCACAUGGAGUUGCGUCGACAGCGACUGAAUUGCCGCAUUGGAGAUCAACUGGUGCAGACAGUUCCCGACACCGGUUCGGACCUUGACUUGAUGUCCCUGACAUAUGCUAAGCAAUCCGGCUUCCACAUUCAAAAGCUGGACCCCGAUCCCCAGUUAGUGCAGUUUGGAGACGGCUCCACAAAGCAACUUUCUGGAAAGGUGCUUGCAAAAUUCUCCAUCGGAACUCAGACAGGCAUGCACGAACCGCACGAGUUUUACGUCUUGGACGGGCUCACAUCCGACGUAUUGCUUGGGGGCAACACAUUGGACGAGUUUGAUGUUUUUAACAGGCACAAGAACAACCUUUUCGAACUACCGGAUCUCGAUCAAUUUUGCGACUUUAACUAUGUUCGCUGGGUUCAAAAGAACGGCGAUGGGAGUUUUCUUGAGGCUUCGUUUGAUGACUUUGAAUUCAAGUUCUUCCCACCUCCUCCAGGCGAUCCGCCUGAUCCGCCGCCAGGUGACCAAGCUGCGUUGUCGGUGUUUCAGCGGUUGAAGAGGAUGUACCGAAGACAAUCACAAAGGGAACAAAGGACAUGUUUGAGUCUUGCCGAAUCCGAAACGCGCUAUCGACAGUACCUCCGCUACCAGUCUGACAAAGAGCUCGAGCGUCGCAGAAGAGCAACUGAAGAGAUCGCGAGACUCUCCCAGGAUCGGCAGAUCACUGCGCAGGAAGAAGAAAACGCGGCCCAGCACCAACAUGAUCAGCAGCGUCAAGCAUUUGUUGCUCGGUACCAUGCCGCAGUUACUUCUGUUCAAUCAAGCUCGAUUCCCCAGUCGACCUCAAUGUCGCGACCUUGA